UUCACCUAUAUAUUCCGAGGUAUCAAACCAACCGAUCUAAAUUUGCAUUCAAUCUUGAAUCUACUACCAUACUUCAUAACACAAGCGAAUCACAAAAUUAAUUAAUAUGGCUGCCAACAGCUUCUAUAACAGUGGCAAAAUUCCCGGCCAAGCUCAGAUAAGAAGGGAUGACUCGACGGACCAAGGCCAAGCAACCAAUUUGAUUCAAGAGACUGGAACACAAGUGAAGAACAUGGCUCAAGGAGCAGCACAAGGUGCAGUUAAUGUGGCUCAUGGAGCUGCAAAUAUGGCUCAAAACACUGCUGAAGCUGUCAAGAAUACUUUGGGAAUGAAUGACCCUAGCACCGCCACAACAGGCACUGCCGCUGGUGGCAAUAUUACCGAAAGCGGAUCCAAAAUUUAAAGUUUAAUUUGAUGAUGAGUGGAGCAUUUUUCUUAACGCUAAAAUCAGUUUUAAUUUUGUCUUUAUUUUUGUUACGACUAGUGUAGGCUACAACAUGUAGCAACUAGUUUGUUGCUAGCAUGCACACUGCAACAAUAUUUCUUUUUCUUCCUAUCAAUUGAAAUUUCUUGUUUCUUUCUUCUAAGUUGGAAUAUUAACUGAUGACCGCAGCGUCAA